UCCUCGGGGUGCGGGGAUGGUUGUCUUGGAGACGGCUUCUAACGGCCCCGGGCCCAGAGAUUCCAGUGUUGAGGGGCUGCAACCCAAAGACUGCAGGCUCGGUUCCUCGGAGAGGCUGAGGCGCGGACAGGCUGUGCCUUGGAUGCGGAGUCCCUGAAGUUCUCCAGAAAAUUGAAUUCAAAAACUGACUCAUUUUUUUAAAAAAAAUGUCUCGAAAAAUUCCUAAGGAGUCAAAAAAAGUGAACAUCUCUAGUUCUCUGGAAUCUGAAGAUAUCAGUUUAGAAACAACAAUUCAUACAGAUGACAUUUCCUCAUCAGAAGAGCGAGAGGGUAAAGUCAAAAUCACCAGACAAAUAAUUGAACGGAAAGAACUACUUCAUAAUAUUCAAUUACUAAAGAUAGAGUUAUCCCAGAAAACUAUGAUGAUUGACAAUUUGAAAAUGGAUUAUCUUACAAAGAUUGAAGAAUUGGAGGAGAAACUUAAUGAUGCACUUCAUCAGAAGCAACUCCUAACUUUGAGAUUAGACAACCAAUUGACUUUUCAGCAGAAGGAUGCCAAAAAAUAUCAAGAACUAAUGAAACAAGAAAUGGAAACCAUUUUAUUGAGACAAAAACAACUAGAAGAGACAAAUAGUCAGCUAAGAGAGAAAGCUGGUGAUGUUCGUCGAAACCUACGUGACUUUGAUUUAUCAGAAGAGCAAUAUGUGAAACUAAAAAGUUUUUCUGAAGAUCAACUUUCUAUUCCUGAAUAUGUAUCUGUUCGGUUCUACGAACUAGUAAAUCCAUUAAGAAAAGAAAUCUGUGAACUACAAGUGAAAAGGAAUGACUUAUCAGAAGAAUUAAGUACAAACAAAGACCAACUGAAGCAGCUGACAGAGAUGCAUGAAGAAGAUAGAAGGCACUACUCUGACCUCCAAAUGAGAUGUCAACGUUUAACCUUAGAAUUAGCAGACACAAAACAACGCAUUCAACAAGGUGACUAUCGUCAAGAAAACUAUGAUAAAGUUAAAAGUGAACGCGAUGCACUUGAACAGGAAGUACUUGAGAUUAAGCGAAAACAUGAAAUUCUUGAAGCUGCUCACAUAUCUCAAGCUAAAGAAAGAAAUGAAUUAUCAAAAGAGGUGACCAACCUGCAGCAGACCGUUACUUUACUGCAAAAGGACAAAGAAUACCUCAAUCGCCAGAACAUGGAGCUAAGUGUGCGCUGUGCUCAUGAGGAAGAUCGCCUGGGAAGACUGCAGAUUCAGCUUGAAGAAACCAAAAAGGCUAGGGAAGACAUGUAUGAAAAAUACGUAUCAUCCAGAGAGCAUUAUAAGACAGAAUAUGAAAGCAAACUACACAAUGAACUAGAAGAAAUCAAAUCAAAAACUAACCAGGAAAUUGAUCAGCUUCGAAGUGCCACUAGGGAAAUGUAUGAACGAGAAAACAGAAAUCUCCGAGAAGCAAGGGAUAAUGCUGUGGCUGAAAAGGACCGAGCAGUAAUGGCUGAAAAGGAUGCUUUAGAAAAGCAUGACCAGCUCCUAGACAGGUUCAGAGAACUACAAAUUAGUACAGAAACUAAAGUAGCAGAAUUUCUCCAUCAGAGUAAAUUAAAGUCUUUUGAAAGUGAACGUAUUCAACUUUUGCAAGAGGAAACUGCAAGAAAUCUCACACAGUGUCAGUUGGAAUGUGAAAAAUAUCAGAAAAAGUUGGAGGUUUUAACUAAAGAAUUUUAUAGUCUACAAGCUUCUUCUGAAAAACGCAUUAUUGAGCUUCAAGCACAGAACUCUGAACAUGAGGCAAGGCUAGACAUUUAUGAGAAACUGGAAAAAGAACUUGAUGAAAUAAUAAUGCAAACUGCAGAAAUUGAAAAUGAAGAAGAGGCUGAAAGAAUUCUUUAUGCCUAUGGCUAUGGUGCUAAUGUUCCCACAACAGCUAAAAGACGACUAAAGCAAAGCGUCCACUUGGCAAGAAGAGUGCUUCAGUUAGAAAAGCAGAAUUCAUUGAUUUUAAGAGACUUGGAACAGCAAAAGAACCAAGUAAAACAGCUUUCACAAGAGCUCGACAGAGCCAAUUCACUGUUAAACCAGAGUCAACAACCUUACAGAUACCUCAUCGAAUCAGUACGACAGAGAGACUCAAAGAUUGAUUCACUGACAAAAUGCAUAGCACAACUUGAGAAAGAUGUCAGCAAUUUAAAUAAAGAAAAAUCAGCUUUACUACAGAUGAAGAAUCAAAUGGCGUUAGACUUAGAGAAACUUCUAAAUCAUCGUGAGGAGUUGGCAGCAAUGAAACAGAUUCUCAUUAAUAUGCGCAGUAAACAUUCUGAAAGCAGCUUACUUCAUCCUAAAACAGAGUCGAAACCUAUGACAGAGUGUCAGACACCAAAGACGUUGAAUGUACCUAGGGAACAAGAAGAGAAUAUAUUCAUACCAAAACCAACACUCUUUACUAAAAAGGAGGCACCUGAAUGGUCUAAGAAACAAAAAAUGAAGACCUAGUGUUUUAAGGUGCUGGAGUCAAACCCAGGACCUGGAAGACUUAGGCAAGCACUGUGGUCCUGAGCUACAAAGCCUAUACCUAGGGUUUGGAUUACAAGUACUUUCUGUGGCAUUAUUUACUCAGGAAGGCCUUUUUCAGAUGGAAAAAAAUAAGUUCAUCUUAAUCAUGUACUUGGCAUUUCUUAUUUAAAUACAUAAUUUAAUGAUUAUUUUUAACUAAUGUUAAAUUUAUAAAUUUCAACACAAUCAAAAUGUAUGAAGU